AUGGCGAACAGCAGUAUCCGCAAGGCCCGCAAAAGCCUCAAACCGUCUCCCGCGCUAAAUCAACGUCAGGUAGCUAGUAAUAUCUUUACGGUGUUUCGGGCCGGUGAUAUUACCUCGAACGCGUGUCAGGCUCGUACGGAUGUCGCGGGUGUGGAUGAAUCAGAUGAUGCCACGUGUCCCAUCUUGAGAUUGCCGGAUGACGUGCUGCAUUACAUCUUCUUCCUGGUUCAGCGGCAUAACUCUGUGCAUCCUCCCUUCCACUCCAUGCUCUGCCCUCGCUCGCACUACCACUCGCCGUCCCACUCCCAUUCCCAUUCCCACUCGCACUCCCAAUCUUUUUCCCGCUCCCAGCUCCCCUCUCAUUCCGCCCCGUGCUGCUGCUGUUGCGCGUUCCUCCCCUGCCCCCUUCCCCCUCCCCCUUCCCUCGCGCACGGGCUUGUUUGUCGCGCCUGGCUCCCCCUUGCCUGCCAAUCACUCGUUUCCGCCUGCUUUCCCGCCGGCGCGGGGCUCUCCCUGCGCGCGGUGCUCCGCCUUCUCCGCCAGUGCGCGGAACUCCGCAGCUUAACAAUUCCCCCGGGGAGCGUUGUAUGGCGGCGGAAGGGAGGAAAGCGGUGUAAGGAUGGGGCAGCGUCAGGGACAGGCGGAGUGGGCAGGGGAAAGGGAGGAGGGGCGGGGGAAGGCGGGGGGGAAAGGGGAGGAGGCUGGGCGGAGCGGAAAUCAGGGUGGCGAAGGGUAGGGGGAGCAGGGGAAGACGAUUCCGACGCAGUUGCUCUUGUAGGAGCGGGGGUAGGGUUCUAUACUGAAGCACCAGCAGCAGGAGGGCCAAUCACAGCAGUCACAGCAGUUGCGGGUAGAGAAGCAGGACGCGGAACAGGCGGAAGGGAAAGGGGGCAAUGGCGUAUCGGGGGAGAAUUUGGCGGAAAUACGAGUGGAGGGGAGCAGGCGUGGGGGGAGCAUGGGCAUGGGGGGCAUGGGGGGCAUGGGGGGCAUGGGGAGGAGAGCGGGGUGUGGUUGGGUAACGCCAUGCUUAUCCCUAGCAUCUCUCCACCUCACCAGACUUUACCCCAGACUGCACAUAGAGGCCUCGAGGAGUUGUCUGUGGGUAGUGAUUCUCUCGAGUGCCUUCCCGAUUCCUUCCAACGCCUCGCGUCGCUGCGCUGCCUCUCCAUCUCCUCCCCCAUGCUUUCUUCAGCCCAUUUUCUCACACCUGACCCAUCGCUACCGCUUUCGCCGAAAACCGCAACAGCAGCAGCAGCAGCAGCAGCAGCAGCAGGGAGAGGAGCAGCAGGUGCCAGAGAAGCAGCGAAUCAACAACCCCCAUGGAGUCCCAGUCUUCCCAUGUUUCCACGCCUCUCCACACUCUAUCUUGACACACCAAGCCUGAUUUCCCUCCCUGAUGAAAUUGCUCUCAGCUGCCCGUCCAUCAAGUCCCUCCAUUUGGUCAACUGCCAAAACAUUUUUCACCUGCCCGCCACCAUGCACCAGCUGUUGCAACUGGAGCGUUUGGAGCUUCUCAACUGCACGGGAAUUUCGUAUCUACCCAGCAACUUGGGCAGCCUGGAACGACUCAAGUGGCUGGUUCUGGGAUGUCCAAAUGUUUUGACCCUGCCCGAUUCCCUUGGAUCGCUGACCGAGUUGCGCCACUUUUUCCUCCUCUCCUCAGGCUGCUCCCGGCUGCCUACGAAUUUCGGGCAGAAACUGACAAAACUGAAAACACUGGCUCUUUCCAAAUGCAGGGACUUGCUUGAGCUGCCCGCACACCUCGGGCAGCUGGAGAAACUCAAAACCCUCUUCAUUUCUGACUGCUGGCGGUUGCAGCGGCUGCCCAAGGGAUUCUUUUCCCUGCCCAUGCUGCGAACCCUAAUCAUCUACCAAUGCGACGCACUCAACAUCAAAGCUGAAACUUUUGACCACUGCCCGCAGCUGCGCUUUCUAAGCCUUGAAUUCUGCCCCAUCCUCUGCCAUCUCUCUGUGCUGGAUCUUGCACAUUUUCAGGGGCUGCCCGAAAACUUAUGUGCGCUUACUGGCCUUCGAGCCCUCCAUUUGAGCGACGUGACCAAGAUUUCGCACUUACCGCCCGGAUUCAACCAGUUGGCGUCGCUCAAAGUUCUGACCUUCGAGUUUUGCGACAUUGUCGUACUGCCCGCGGACUUCGGGCAGCUGAAACACCUUGAACUGCUGAGUUUCCAGGAGUGCCCGCAUUUGAAGUCUUUCGGGCAGUCAUUCGGAUUGCUGCCUUAUCUUGCUAUUCUUAUCGCCUCAAAGUGCCCUUCGCUCCUCUCCCUGCCCCAAAACAUUGGGAAACUGCGCUCGCUGUGCAAGCUUGUUAUUUCAGACUGCCCGAACCUGCGGGGGCUGCCAAUGUCCUUCAGUGCCUUGACCAACCUCGUGCUUUUGAAGCUGCCCGAGGGAGAUGAUGUGAAGCUGCCCGAAAGCCUUUCUCACUUGACAGCAGUGCGACAGCAGCAGCAGCAGCAUCAUCAGAAAAGGAAUGGGGGGGAAGGGGAAUCGGAGUCAGCAAGUUUUUUACAGUCCCUGCAGGCACAGGAAGGAUGCGAGGGGGGAGAGGGAGGAGGAAAAGGGAGAGGAGGAGGAGGGAUGAGGGCGAGCAAAGGGCAAGGAGGGAAUGCGAGCUUUCUUCAUUUGCGAAAGUGGCUUGAAUUCAGUUCAAUGGAGCGGACGAUGAAGCGCUUCGAGGAAGCAUUUGACUCUGACUCAUGA